CUGCAAAUCACCAUUCUACGCACUUACGAACGACGACCGACCAACAUGACGAUCCAACACGUCCACGCCAUCGUCAAUGCCUACUCUCCCAAGGAGACGGUCGAGCUCUGCGGCCGAGCCGGCUACACGAAAGCCAACAUGCGGCUCGACAAGAUGUUCAUGAGCGCCGUGAUCGCCGGAAUGCUCCUCUCGUUCGCGUGUGCGGCCCUGCUGAGCACGAAUGCGUCGCCUUGGUUUCAGGAGAACGCUCCGGGACUCCUUCGGACGAUAGCUGCGCUGAUUUUCCCGUUCGGAUUGACGAUGAUCAUUGUCACGGGAACAGACCUUUGUACUGGAUCGUUCAUGAUCACAACAAUCGCCGCCCUGCAACGCCGCAUCUCGAUCCCGAAAAUGCUGCUGCACUGGUUCGUCACAUUCUGGGGAAACCUCGCAGGCUCGCUCUUCGUGGUCGCCAUCAUCACCGGCUACGGAGGUGUCUUCAGUGCACCGGUAUACCAAAAAACAGUCUUCAGUUUCAACGCGAGCAAAGUCCUCGUUCCGACAUGGCAUGGUGUCUUCUUGCGUGGCAUUGGAGCCAACUGGCUUGUGUGUAUGGCUGCUUUCCUGGCGUACAUGGCGAGAGAGUACUUUUCCAAAGUCAUGGCGAUUUGGUGGCCGACCUUUGCGUUUGUGUGUCUUGGCUUUGACCACGUUGUUGCAAACAUGUUCUUCGUCCCAACGGCCAUCUUCCUCGGCGAUCCAGCCAUCUCCGUGAGCUUCUACAUCUGGAAGAGCUUGAUCCCAGCCUUGAUCGGUAACAUCAUCGGUGGAGGACUCUUCGUAGGAGUGGCGUACUGGUACAUCCACGUCUCCGGCGAACAGGGUCCAAUCUCUAUCGAUGGUGGUUUCUUUCCGGGAGACCAGGUUGUCUUGAACGGACGCGCGGAUGAUGCCUCCGAGAGGGCGUCGUCGACGGAGAGAAAACCGAGUCACUCUAGUCCCGAAGCAAUGGUGUAACAAGCCGAUGUACGACCUGACCGAUUCAGUGAGGCGACAGAGGACCCACUUGCUGUGGAGUAGACGGUAGUUCUAGUGCACUACCCGAAUGCGAAUGCUGCUGCAAAUGAAUCAGGUCCUGCGAGGAUUUUUUGCUCUUCA